AAGACCCAUAAGCCAGUGAACCACUGAGUAUCCAUUCUUCCACUUCUUCUGUUUAAGGCAGACUGGAGUCUUCGUUAAUCGUUGACAACAUUACCACGGGUUUGCUGUAUAUUGCCCCAUUUAAACACACCCGUAAGUGCUUGUUGUCGCGAUAGAAACAUGGGGUAAAAUCGCGACAACAACACUGAGCUCUGAAACGCAUCCCCAUUGGUCUAAAUAUACUGUCAGACACAGUAAGAUGGCGCCGAGCGAAAUAUGAGUGUUCAAGACAAGAAAAUAUAGGCUAUUUUCUAAUUCAACGAUUAAAAAAAGGCAUCAACAACCAAAUACGCAUACGUUUGUGAUUAUUUAUACCCUUGCUUUCUGGAAAAAGAAGAAAGACUCUUCAAGGAGAGAAGCAGGCAGCCCGGUUCAGGAAGAGAGUUGGUUUGUCAGUAAACUUGCUGAGCAGUGAUGAAUAACUCUCUCGAUGGCUCCGGCUCCUAUGAGGAGCUGGUGAGGCAGAAAGCUCGCAGUGUUCCCCAACACCGUAUGAAAGAGUUUCUGGAGUCUUUGGCCAACAAGGGACCGGAUGCACUGCAGGAGUUCAGCCAGCAAGGGGGCGAUGCCACGACCACGACAGCCACCAUGGUCUACCAACAAGAAACAAACUGCAUUUACACCGACAGUACAGAGGUGGCAGGUUCCUUGCUGGAACUGGCUUGUCCGGUUCAAGUGCAGGUCCAGCCCCAGCAACAGCAGAUUCAGGAGUCCGCAGUACAGCAGCAGUCUGUACAGGUGAAUGCUGAGCAUCAUAUAGUUCAAGUGCAGAUUCAGGGUCAACAGCAGCAGAUGCUUGGCCAGGUUCUUCAGGUGCCCUCAGGCUCCCAUCAACAGCUACAGGGACUGACCACUGCCCAGCUCAUUCAGCCUGGAGACCUUACAGAGGAACAGCAUCAGCAGCUUCAAGCUCAGCUGGUGGCAGCCGUGGCGGGAGGGCAGCAGAUCCAGAUUCAGACAGUGGGGGCGCUAUCUCCCUCCCAGCUGGAUAAUACUGAGAGAAGAGUGCUUGGAACCGCUGCUGCCCACGGAGUCGGAGUACUGCAGCCAGCCAAAAAGCGCAAGGUGGACAUGCCCAUCACAGUGUCCUACGCCCUGCCCGGUCAGCAGUUAGCCACCGUCUUGGCUAUCCCACAGGGCCAGGGCCAGCAGCAGAGCUAUGUGUCCCUGCGGCCAGACCUCCUAACGGUGGACAGCUCCCACCUCUACAGCGCCACCGGCACCAUCACUAGUCCGACGGGGGAGACGUGGACCAUCCCUGUCUACUCGGCCCCUUCUGGUCCCGGGGGCCGGGAUCAAGUCACGCACAUCGCCAUUCCCCAGGAGGCCUAUGGAACCGUGCAGGUCACGGGAGCAAACACUACUACGAUGGCCACAAUGCCAACACAAAUCACAAUUGAAAAUGACAAGCUCAAGCUGUCGGCCAGUCAGAGCCAAACGGCGCAGGCGGUCUCCAGCAUAACGACAUCUGGGAUUAUGGGGAGCCAGGAGGAGGUGGUGCAUACGCUGGCUGCCAACACGCUGUUCCCUGCCCAGUUGAUGAAUGGCAACAUCCACAUCCCAGUAGCGGUGCAGGGCUACCCCAACACCACACAGUCCCUUAUCUGGGACCCGCAGCAGCAAGUGUUGCACACACAGGGACUGCCGGGCCAGGACACACAACAACUACAGGGUCAGACAAUCUCAGUCACAGAGGUGGACGGCCAAGGGCAGCAUCAGGUGCAGGUCCAAGAGCUGCUGCUCCCCGCCUCUCUGAAGCCAGAAGAGGGCUGGGAGGUGUGGCGGCUCUGGGCUCAGAGAAAAAACGCAGAGAUGGACAAAGCGGAGGCAAAUAAGCUUGCACCUAUUGGGCGUCGCCAGGCGCUGCGCUUCCAGGAGGACUUGGUGUCUUCCGCGGUGGCCGAGCUCAGCAUGGCUCUGUCGCUGAUGACGCAGGAGACCCGCGGGCUUGAGGGAGAGACGUACGAAGCCGACGUCCUCUACUACGUCUUCCUCUGCAUACAGAAAUAUUUGUUUGAUAAUGGUCGUGUGGAUGACGUUUUCUCAGACUCGUACUACACUCGCUUCGCUCAAAGUCUGCACCAGAUACUCGAGCCAUGGAGACCGACGGUGCACCCAUUAGGCUACGUCAUCCCAAGUCAUGUGACGGAGGAGAUGCUGUGGGAGUGUAAACAACUAGGAGCACAUUCUCCCUCGACAUUACUCACAACGCUAAUGUUCUUUAACACUAAGUAUUUCCACCUGACGACAGUGGAACAGCAUCUUAAGGUGGCCUUCUCCAAGGUGCUGAGGCACACCCGAAAGAGUCCCAACAACCCCAAAGACAAGAGCACCAGCAUCCGAUACCUGAAGGCCACCGAGAGGUUAAUCGGGCAGAAAGUGACGGAUGACAUGUACUCUGAGCAGCUGGAGGACCCAGAGAGCCCGCUACGCUGUCCCAUCAAGCUAUAUGACUUCUACCUCUUCAAAUGUCCACAAAGCGCUAAGGGCCGCAACGACACUUUCUACCUGACGCCUGAGCCUGUAGUGGCGCCCAACAGCCCCAUCUGGUACUCCACCCAGCCCAUCGUCAGAGAGCAGCUGGAGCACAUGCUCGCCCGCAUCCUGGUCGUCCGGGAGAUCCAGGAAGCCAUCACAAUGAUCGUCAACUUGCAAUAAGGAAACGUGGCCAUCACACUACACCACCGACUCAUGAACAUGGACAUCGUUUGUUAUCACCCUGUCUGCAUAUCCUGAUGCACUUGUGGACCAUGCAGACGGAGAACGCAGCUUGCAGGUUCUGCCUUUCUUUUGGGCAUAACCCUGAAGUCCCGAUUCCUCCUGAAUUUUCUUCGCCAAAGGAUGCAGUACUGCUAAUCUUCAUUUAAUACGUUUUUUAUUGGACCUGAACUCAUUAAUUUAAAUCCAUAAUAACUGUUGGUUACCAAUAGUCUGGAAUUAUUGUUUUCUUAGUUUUUUAUCUGUAAUAUUGCGUACAUAAUUUCACUUGUUUGCCUGUUCCAUGCUGCUUUUGAUCUGUUCAUCCACGUUCUACAUGUUCUAUCCUUUUUUAAUUGUUCACUUCGUUCACACCCCUGCCUUGCUCAUCGUUCUGUCACAGCAAAUGCCUCGGCCGUGUAUGGGCUGAACCAAGUAGCCAUGUGUAGGUUGUACGCCCUCUCGAGGAUGCCCUGAUUCUCUGUUAGCCGACUCGGCCUGCAAACCGUAAACUGUCCCCUACAUCCAGAAGGGUUGAACUCUGCCGACUUGUUCCUUCGGAUCAAUUCCCCCGAGGUCAUAGCACUACUUGGCAUCUAAUGUCUCCCCUUUACAUUUACAUUUAGGGCAUUUAGCAGACGCUUUUAUCCAAAGCGACUUACAAUAAGUACAUUUGAAGUGAAAUAAUAUAUCGCUGUCUCCCAAGACAUGGACUUCCUUGCAACAACCUGCACUUACGUAGCGCUGCCACAGAGAGGACCUCCAGCACAGCAGGGAACAGACAGACUGUUUCUGUAUCUCCUGCCUCAAGACCCAAGACCUUUCUGUCAGGGGUCCAUUGUAUCAUAACGGUUGAUAACUCUGCAAGUGAAAAAAAUGACUCAAAGACUUCAAAUAAGUUAGCGCUCAUUGUUCUAUAAUGUAUGAUAUUCAAACAACCUUUGUGUACUGUAAUAAGUCAUCUAAGGAGAAUGGUAGUGCCUGUGUGUUUUGAAACAUGACCUUUUUGUACAGCC